AUGGUGCUCGCAAUCCCUGUGCGGUGGACAGCCCAGGCCAUCACUGUUCUCGCUCUGCUGACCAUCUUCUUCUUGUCAAGACAUAGUGUGUAUGACUUCGCUGAGAGCAGGGCAGGCAUAGAGUCACCUUCCACAUCGUCAGAUGAGAAGCUAGGCUACGUGACAUGGCUAGGCAAGACUGGCGUCGGGGACGAUGAGAAAGAUGUAUACUUUCUCGCGACCCGCCUCCUUGUCUAUCAGAUCCUCCAUGACCCCAGCACACGCUCACCACGUAGCCUCCCUAUCAUCGUGAUGACGACGCCCGACGUGAAGGAAGCGAACAAGCAGCGCCUGCAGGCCGAUGGUGCAACCGUCAUCCCCAUCGACUUCGUAACGGAAGGUCUCGACUGGCUCAAGCCCAGACGCCCAACCUGGGCGCACAUCAUGAGCAAGCUCCGCGCCUGGCAGCUGACCGCCUACUCCCGCCUCCUCAUGCUCGACGGGGACCUAAUCCUGCGACGGCCUCUAGACUCGGUUUUCGACGAAACCAACGCCACCAUCAUCCCAACCCUCUCCGCGCCACCCAACGAGAUCAAGCUCGACGAGAACCCGCUGCCGGCAAAGUACCUCUUCGCCGCCGCCCCGGAAGUCAACGGGCCCAAACACCACUACCCGCCCACCCGCGAGCACGACGACUUCAUCCACGCGCAGGAGUUCAACAUGGGCUUCGCGCUCCUCGCCCCUUCGCAGGAAAUGUUCGAAUACUACAUCUCGAUCCUGCGGAUCCCCGACCGCUUCUACGGCGGCAAGAUGGAGCAGAGCCUGCUGAACUACGCGCACCGGCCCGGCGGCGCGAUGCCGUGGCAGGACCUGCCCUUCACAUACAACAUCCGCUCGCCGCUGGAGGAGGAUAUCUUGGGCAACGUGGCGAGUCUGCAUGAUAAGUGGUGGGGGAAGACGGAGCAGUACCCGGCGCUGGCGGGGUGGUAUCGGGCGAAACAGGAAGAGAUGCUGCGGUUCUAUGCUGAGAGGGAGAUGUGA